CUGUUGUUUCUAAUGAAGAAAGAGCUCCACCCUCGGCCACUGCCACAGCGGCUGUGUCAAUAACAAGGGCAAAACAUUCUCCCUCUUUGUGUGUAUCCAACAUGGACGCUUUUCAGAGCAUUUUAAAAUUUUUCCUUAACCAGAAAACUGUUAUUGGCUACAGUUUCAUGGCCCUGCUGACCGUGGGAAGUGAGCGUCUCUUUUCACUUGUGGCUUUUAAGUGCCCCUGCAGCACUGAGAAUACGGUCUAUGGGCUGGUUUUCCUCUUUGCUCCUGCCUGGGUGCUGCUGAUCCUGGGAUUCUUUCUGAACAACAAGUCAUGGAAACUCUUCACAGGCUGCUGUGUGAAUCCCAGGAAAAUCUUUCCUAGGGGUGACAGUUGCCGCUUCUUCUAUGUCCUUGGUGAGAUCACUCUCAGUUCAUUGGUGGCUCCUGUGAUGUGGCUCUCUGUGGCUUUACUCAAUGGAACGUUUUAUGAAUGUGCCAUGAGUGGGACGAAGAGUUCGAGACUCCUGGAACUUAUUUGCGAUGGCAAGCCCAAAGAGUGCUGGGAAGAACUUCACAGAGUAUCCUGUGGCAAAACUAGUAUGCAAACCACGGACACUGAAGAACUGAAAUUGUCCCUUCAAGCCCAGUCUCAGAUUUUAGGAUGGUGCCUGAUUUGCUCAGCGUCUUUCUUCUCACUGCUCACUACGUGUUAUGCUCGCUGCCGAUCUAAAGUCAGCCACCUUCAGCUGAGCUUUUGGAAGACGUAUGCACAAAAGGAGAAGGAGCAGUUGGAAAAUACGUUUCUGGAGUAUGCCACCAAGUUGAGCGAGAGGAACCUGAAAUGCUUUUUUGAAAACAAGAGGCCCGAGGUCUUUCCUAUGCCCUCUUUUGCUGCCUGGGAGGCUGCCUCACAGCUGCAUUCCUUCCACCAAAGUCAGCAACACUACAGCACUCUCCACAAGGUGGUGGAAGAUGGCUUGGAACUUAACCCUGGGGAUGAUGAGACAACCAUGAUUCUCGUGGGCACCGCCCAAAAUCUGUAGCUCGUCCUCGUCGCUGACUCAUGGUGUUGAGUGGUAUACUCACUUGGACAUCCUCCUACUCUAUCAAAAGCAACCUGUAUCUCUGUAUUUCCCCACCUUUAGAGUUUCUUUACAAGACAACCAUGCAUGGAGAAACUGCUUUGAAGUUCUCAAGUGCAAUGCCACGAUGUGUUCAAACUAAUGCUAAGUGGUGGCAAAGCUCCUCUUCACUGUGUGAGGGGCGGGCUCAGUAAGCCCAAUUGUCUGUCCAACUUCUAAGAUUUUAUUAUUGAGCACAAAGACUCAUUCGAGAAGGUCUGUUGGUCUCUGUCAAUAUUCAUCAUGGUAUCGGAGGGCAGAAGCAAUGGUUUAUGAGUGAGCAAGGGAUUGUUGCCAUAGAUAGCAGGAGUCCUUGUUCUGUGAAUCUAUCCCACUGCCUUUCAGGGAUGCACAGACUUUUAACACGUGAAAUUCAUUUCUGGUGCUGGCGCUGUGGAAUAGCAGUGAAGUCACAUCCUGCAAAGCCAGCAUUCCAUAUGGGUGCCGGUUAGAGUCCUGGUUACUACAGUUCUAAUGCAGCUCCCUGCUAAUGGCCUGGGAAAAGCGGUAGAAGAUGACCCAAGUGCUUGGGCCUCUGCACCCACAUGGGAAAUCGGGAAGAAGCUCCUGAACCAGCCCUGGCCAUAGUGGCCAUCUGUGGCGUGAACCAGCAGAUGGACGAUCUCCCUGUUUCUCCCUCUAUCUCUGUAACUCUGACUUGCAAAUAAAUAAAAUAAAUCUUAAAAAAAAAAGAAAAAGUGGGUAAAAAUUCCUGAAUAAACUUCAAAAAAAUUCAUUCCAUCAGAAUCUGAAGAUCUGAUCUCUCAAAAACAACCAAUUGAAAAUAAUAUCGUGCUUAAAAUUCAAAGCUUUUCACAUGUUCACUGUACACCCUGAAAAUAAGCUCCUGGAGACAGGACUAAAUCACAACUUUUGUGGACUCCAGCCACUUUUGACUUCAUGUAUCAUUUUCUAACUCUCAAUAGGAAUAAUAAAUAUAUGUAUGUGAUGUGUAUGUGUCUAUGGAUAUCUAUUGAUGUUCACACACAUCACACACACAUAUAUAUCUAUGAUGUAUUGAUAAAAAGACAACUAUAUUAUCAUAUAUUGAAACAUUUUUUUCAACUCAAAAAUUCACUUAUUUCCUUCUGAUUUUAAAAUAGAUUCCAGCUCGCGCCCCGGCUCACUUGGCUAAUCUUUUGCCUGCGGCACCGGCACCCUGGGUUCUAGUCCCAGUUGGGGCACUGGAUUCUGUCCCAGUUACUCCUCUUCUAGUCUAGCUCUCUGCUGUGGCCCGAGAGGGCAGUGGAAGAUGGCCCAAGUGCUUGGGCCCUGCACCUGCAUGGGAGACCAGGAGGAAGCACCUGGCUCCUGGCUUUGAAUUGGCACAGCGCCGGCGGUACUGGCCAUUUGGGGGGUGAACCAAGGGAAGGAAGACCUUUCUCUCUCUCUCUCUCUCUCUCUCUCUCUCACUCUCUAACUCUGCCUGUCAAAAAAAAAAAAAAUAGAUUCCAAAAUUUUUUGUGUACCCCUAGGUGUGGUGUAUUUUUUUUUCUGUUUGGGUUCCUAUAAUAAUAAUAGACUGGGUGGCUAAUAAUAAAUCCCACAGUUCUGGAGGCUGGGAAGUCUGAAAUUAGUCUGGUUGUGUUCUAGUGAGGGCCUUUUUCCAGGUUGCAGGCUGCUGACUUCCCACUGUGUCCUCAUGUGGUGGCAAAGGCAAAUAAGUUUCCUUGGGCAUCUCUUGUAAGGGCAUUAAUCUCAUUCUUAAAGGCUCAGCCCUCAUGAUCAAAUUACCUUUCAAGCCUCCUCCCUUAAUACCAUCCCUUUGGUGGUUAGGAUUUCAAUAUGUGACUCUUAGGAGACACAAACAUUCAGACCAUAGGAAGGUAAAUUGACGCUAACUGGUGAUCUGGGACACUGUCCAAAGCAUAACCAGAAUAAAACUUUUAUGGUUUUAAGUUUAUCAGACAUAAUGGAAAAUUGAAUUGUACUGUAUAAUAUACCCAUGUUGGUUUAUGUGUAUAUAUGUAAAUUCUCUUUAAAUCACAGAGUGGAAUUGUGCUUUAGAAAGAGGAACUGUGUUUACAUUGUGACUCACACUUUAUAUCGCUGACAGUCUAUGUCUCUUACUUUGAGAAAGCUAUUAUCAUGAAACAUGAUUAACAUGAAACAUGAUGACAAACUACAGGUACAAGACCAGAGCCUAACUGUGAUAUUACAAUUUAUAAUAAGAAAUAAAUAUUUAUUUUGUGCCCA